AUGUUAAUAUUGGCCAUUAUUUUACUAUGGGCCGGUCAAUUCGCUGCCAUACCGGUCGAUAAUGCAGUUGUUGGUGAACCCACUGUUGCUUGUGGUCCUCAUGCCAUCGAAGUCACUUUCCAAACACAGUAAGUGUAUUCUUACGUAUUAAUUUUGUAUGUAUUCGUACUUUACUAAAAAUUAGAAUGGCAGAAAAGUCGUCGUUUACCAUUGUUUUGAACUUCUUUACAACAGCUAAAAUGAAUUUUAUUGUAUAAUUUGUCACCCGUAGGCUGCAAAGCACAAAAUGUGUUUAUUUUGAAUAGAAGUUGCAAGAAGUUUCUUUACAAAUGAAAAAAUGCAAAAAACUUUCCUUACAAAGCCUAAAAUGGCAAAAACUUUCUUUCCAAACCAUAAACUGACAAGAGCUUUCUUUCCAAACCAUAAACUGGCAAUAACUUUCUUUCCACAUUCUGUCUGACCGCAAAACGUCAUUCAAAGACCACGAAAGCCCGAAGGUACCUCUUGGUCUUAACCACAGAUAAUGAACGAUAUGAUAAUCGGUCGGUCGAUUGCGGGUUUCACGAAAGGUCUGCCCAGGUCAAUCUAGUGUAAAUGACAAGAUUAUUAAGCCAACAAAAAUUCGGCUAAGGUCAUCUGAUUGGGGCUGGAAAGAAAGUUAUUGAAGUUUUUAAAAAAGUUUAAUGAUUGCACCGUGCAAAGGAGCUAAAUUGUGAGAACUUUGUUUACAAAUCUUAAAACGGAAAAAACGUUCUUUACAGGUCUUAAACUAGCAACAGCUUUCUUUACAAGACAUAAAAUGGCAAGAACUUUCUUUACAAACUAAAAAAUAGCAAGAACUUUCCUUACAAGUCACGAAACUGCAAGAAACCAACAGAUAUUCGAAGACCCCAGUUACCUGAAGUCACUUCCAAAAAUUGGCCAACUAUUUAUUCAGCCGCCCCUGACGCUGGCAUUGUAUGAUAACUGGGGUCUUCAUCGGAUGGGCGGUCCAUGCUUAACCGUCUGUAAUUGAAUUCGAGUCUUCUUUUUGGCAGUUGCUUUUUGAUUGGGUUCCCGUUUGAAAAUAUAAAAAAGGCUUUUUUUCAGUUUUUCAACAUAGAAAACGCAAAAAAGAGCGUAAUCCAAUCGAAAGACAAGUGUCAGAAAAGGGAUCCGUUCAGUGUUGGGCACAGAGCAGUUCUAGGGCAGGUUAGGGUAGAAGGGCCGAGGGUGCUUCGGGCCGGGCUUCUAAAUUUCUCUGCCCGGCCCGGUCCGCUUGGAUCGCACUUUUAUAAAUUAAUUUUCUAUUGUAAAUAAAUAUAAAUCACGCGUUACACCGCGAAAUAUUUGAAUGCUAAACUGUUUGGCAUUGCAUUUUAGGCUGUUUUUACUAGGCGUGAGAAACGGUCCUAGGCCCGGCUCUAAGUUCGGGUCGGGCCGGCCUUGAGCUAUAAUUGAAAAUUGGGCCCGGGCUUGAAAAAAUAUUUUUUUAAUUUUUCUUCUCUCUUUCUCUAACCUCAAUAGUUGUGUCCUUAUUAAUUACGCAUGGUAAAAAUACAGAGUAAAGUCCUCGUUCUGUUUUGUCCAAACACUGACCAAACUUCAGACUUGGACUUUGGGCUUACGAAACUUUAAAAUCUUAUAUCAUUUGCCAGUUUUUUAGGUUAAACUUAUAUAUUAUAUAAAUCAGCCCAUAAAUUUUUGACUAUUGUGAUAUCAGCCCAAUCUUUCGACCAAGCAUUUCAAAAUUAGUAUUGUUCAGCCACACAAAAGGCUGAUUAGAGCUAUGUUUUUUCUCUCUUUCUCUGACUAAAAACGGUUCUCUUAUGUUUAUUGACCUAAUAUAAUAAUACACUAUUUCUCAUAUUAAAGAAACGUAUUUUAGAAAUCCUUUCCACGGCCGUCUGUACGUAAAAGGUCGGUCAUCAGACGGAGACUGUAGUAAUGAACAAAUUGGUCGAACCUUUACUGGAAUUACUCUGCCCUUCGAAGGCUGUAACGUUCAGAGGUUACGGUCGUUGUAAGUUUUUACUAUUUUUAAAUCUUUUUGUAUAUUUAUUAUGAUACUAAAUAAAUAGUACUAAUCGGUACUUUCAGAAACCCAAAAGGUAUCUUUGCCUCGACAACAGUGGUUAUAUCAUUCCAUCCUAUCGUAAGUUUACCUACCUUACCCUACUCUACCCUACCCUACCCCUUUGCCAUACCCUGACUUUUUGCCAUACGCUAUCCUUUAGUUCUGCCUCUUAGCCCUACCUCUUUCUACCUUAUACUGCCCUAAAACAUGCCAUAAAUUAUCUUACAGCAUGCCCUACUAUGUCUAUAAAAUGCCCUACCCUACUCUAAGCCUUGCUCUUGAAAGCCUUUCUUUACCCCUUAAAGAUGCCCUGCCAUAGCCUAAAAUCAGUACUGUCUAUAUUUCAGUUCGUGACCAAAGUGGACCGAGUUUACCACAUUCAAUGUUUCUACAUGGAAGCCGAGAAGACCGUGAGUCAAGAAGUGGAGGUCAGUGACAUCACCACCGCCCUAGCCACUCACCUACUACCCAUGCCCAUCUGUCGCUACGAUGUCCUCGACGGUUCACCCACGGCGGCUCCAGUCCAGUUCGCUGUAGUAGGACAACAGGUGUACCACAAGUGGACUUGUGACACUGAGACCACUGAUACUUUCUGUAUGGUCGUUCAUACCUGUUUUGUGGAUGAUGGUGCAGGUGACAAAGUAGACUUACUCGACGAAAAUGGCUGUGCCAGAGACAAGUUCUUGCUGAACAACCUGGAAUACCCUGAGGACUUGAGUGCUGGCCAAGAAGCUCAUGUGUUCAAGUACGCGGACAGGGCGCAGCUCUUCUUCCAAUGCCAGAUCGCGUUGAGUUUGAAGGAUGGAGCUACGGAAUGCCCAAGGCCGGAGUGUGCGGAGCCUGGCAAUCGGGUGCGAAGGCAUGUCAAAUCGUAAGUUUUUGAGAAUUUUUAAUAGAGAGGGGGGGGUUAGUAAGGGUAAGGUAGGUUUUUGAAGUUUGAGGGUAGUGCUUUGAAGGGUGGGGUAGAUUUUUUAAAGAGGGGGUUAGUUUUUCAAUUUUUUAGGUAGAUUUUCGAAAAUUUUUUAAAACUUUUCAAUGUUACGGGCUAAGGGUAAAAUUAUGUUAAGGGAGGGUAAGGUAGAUUUUUGAAUAUUGAGGGCAGAUUUUUUAUCAGCCCAAUCUUUCGACCAAGCAUUCCAAAAUUUACAUUGUUCAGCCACACAAAAGUGAGCUGAAACAGUUACCAACCUUAAUUUGGAACUGAUAGUUCGAAGAGACAGGAUUUGAUUGUUUAGGUAUACAAGAGCUUAUUUUCCUUUUGAUUGGGUCCGCGCUGAUGAGAAAGAGAGUACGUUUUCUCUCUUUCUUUAACCUGCUCUAUCAUUAACUACCCAAUUCUUACAAAACUUGCUCUACGCUUAAAAAUCAAAAAUCUCUCCUACCUUUAAAAAUGUAUUCAACCCUUAAAGAUCUGCCAUAUUCUCAAAAUACCCUCCCUUUUUAAAGAUACUCUUAAAAAUCUUUCCUACUUUUUAAAAAUUUGUCCUAUCUUUUGAAAAUAUACCAUACCCUUUAAAAAUUAUUGUUUAAAAAUUUACCCUACCCUUACAAAAAACUUUCCUGUCUUAAAAAAAGACUUGGAAUUUAUGAAAAGCAGGCUUUUAGUUAGAGAAAGAGAGAAAAAGCUUAUUCUCAUAAGGAAAACCCAAUCAAAAAACAACUGAGCGCGUCUAUACAUAAACAAUCAAAUCUUAUCCCUUCGAACUCUCAGUUCCUAAUUAAGGUUGGUAACUGUUUCAGCUCACUUCAGUGUGGCUGAACAAUAUUAAUUUUGGAAGGCUUGGUCUAAAGACUCGGCUCAUAUUACAAAGGUUUUGUUUAAAACUUUCUUUCUACUUCAAAACCCUCAAUUUCAGCCCCGAAAUCGAUAUUUUGAACUCGAUUGACGUCGCUUCAAAGGAGAUUUUCGUUUUUGACGCAGAUCUUGUACCAAAUGUACCAGAAGCAUCAAAUCAGUACUGUUUUGACAAACCACAAUCCAUAGCGUUCAUAGUCAUGAUCACCUUACUAGUACUACUAUGUUUCGCCAUGGUUGUGGUCGUUAAUCGGCAAAAAUGA